AUGCCCAAAGCAGUGAACCCACAGAUUACUGGUUGCACUGACCUGACCGAACACGUGGUCCUGGAGGUUCAGUCUCCUGCAAAGUGUUCCGGUACUGGUCAAGUUUCUUUGAAGAUGAAAGGCUUCGGUGAUGUUGACCUUUUGGAUACCUACAUUCAAGGCAAUUUGGCAGUUAUCGAUGUCGAUGAUGUCUCAUCGCAGAGAGCUGUUGAGAAGAUCAGCCUGGAAGUCACAGAUUCAAACGAACACAAUACUCAUAGGGUGGAGAUGACUCUUUUUGCUGUCGGCAUUUGCACCCAUACAGACUUUUUGCAGCUAUUGUUCCCAGCAGGUUCCAGGAUCAAAAUUCUCAAAAACUGCGAAGCAAAGGCUGUCACCACCACCACAACUACCACCACUGCCAAGACUGUCACAUCUUCUGCAGACUUAUGUACCGAUUUGACUCAAGGCUUGACACUGGUAGUGGAAUCAACAGCUUUCUGUGCCACUGGAAGCGACCAUGUGACUAUGAAGCUUCGUGGAAGUGAUCCACUUGAAGCGGACAUUGAGGAUGCAGACUUGGCCAUUGUCAAUGCAAAUCGAAAAUCCGUCCAAGAGUCAGUGCAGCGAAUCAUUUUCGAAUCGGAUGGAGAUCUCAUCACAGCCAAGCUGUACGCCCCUGAGAUUUGCGCCGAGGCUCAGUUCAUGGGAUUGACGUUCCCUGAAAAAUCUCCGGUCCGUGUAGUACAGGGCUGCUCAGUGACGACCACCACCACCACCACCACCGUGACCUGCACAGACCUGACCAAGGGGUCGGAUUUGGAGGUGAACGCCUGGUCCGGAUGCACCGAUGAAGCUGAGUAUGCAGUGAUCGAACUAAACGGCACCAUACCGCUUGACAUCGUGAUGGAGGAUGCAGACUUGGCAUUGGUCAAAGCUUCAGCUACCCAUGUACAUCAAUCUCUGAGCAAGCUCAUUCUAGAGGAUGAAGAGGAUGGCACUGUCACAGGCAAGUUGUACGCUCCGGACAUAUGUGCUCGACUGGCAUACUUGCAGGUUGUGUUUGCUCCUAAGACGUUGGUGAAGUUCAAACGUGCUUGCGUCGCUGAAGUCCGGCAACUGAAAAUCGCGAAGUCGUUGCCCCUGACUUUGAGCGGAAAGAGCUGCACGAAUCUUAUUGCAUACCAACUGGUGGUUGAGAGUGCUGUGUCUUGUGAAGCUGGUGAUGACCACGCAACGAUGGAACUGUCUGGCUCGGGGUACUCCACCGCGUUCACACAAGAGGAUCUCGAAUUGGUGAACUUGCAGAGCGACCAGGUUCAUCAGAAGCUCUCAUCUGCAACCCUGGAAGAGACUCCAAAUGGAAUCCUUGCAAAGCUCUUUGCCCCUGGGAUAUGUGCAGAGCUCAGCCUGCGAGCUGCAAAGCAUUGCCCUCGGGGGCAAGGUGCCUUGGCCAAGCUGGUUGGGGACAAAGAUGCAGCUUCACGGAUGCUGGUUCCUUUGGAACCCACAGCUGUGUGGAAUGGUGGUAUGAGCGGCAAGAACCUUUUGCUGGUGGCAGGAGGCUGGAAGUUCAUCCAGUUGAUGGCUGCAGUUUUGGUGUCAAACAGGGACACCAGCUUUCAAGCUGCUAAGGAAAACGCUUUGGAGUGA